GGUAAUUCAGUUUUGUGGGUGAAAUACAUUUGACUCACAUUAGGGGGCAGUAACUAAAGAAAAACUAAACUACCAAAAGUCCAAGAAAAGGAAGAAGAAGAAUUUUUGCAGAAGUCAGACAUUUUUUCUGUCUUUGUGCUGGCACAUGAAGAGCUGCCAGUAUGAUGAAGUCAGAAGAGAUUAAACACGAGAACGUACCAGUGAGGAUCUCCAGCGGUCCAGAGAUUCAGCACGUCGAUGAGGCGUGGAGGGAAAUGCAGCCGGAUGUGUAUCGGUGCUCCCGGUGUGGGAAGAGCUUUAGCGAUUUGGGAAUAUUGGAAACGCACUUCUGCGUUCACGCAGGUGAGAAGCCGUAUUACUGCUCCGAGUGCGGCAAGAGAUUUCUCGAGCGCCGUCACCUGGAGCGACACCAGCGAAUCCACACGGGAGAGAAACCGUAUCGCUGCUCGCACUGUGGGAAGAGUUUCACCCGAGAAGACACUCUGCAGCAACACCAGCGCCUUCACACUGGAGAGAAGCCGUAUCGCUGUUCGGAGUGCGGGAAUAGUUUUACACAGCAAAGUACUUUCCAGUUACACCAGCGCGUUCACACGGGAGUGAAGCCCUACGCGUGCCUGCAGUGCGGGAAGAGUUUCAGGCGGCAGGACACGCUCCAGCAGCAUCAGCGCAUUCACACUGGCGAGAAGCCCUACCACUGUUCCGAGUGCGGGAAGAGUUUCAGACAGCAGAGUCAUUUGCAGUUGCAUCAGCGCAUUCACACUGGAGAAAAGCCUUAUCGGUGUUUGUAUUGUCCGAAGAGCUUUAGCGAUAGUCGGAAUCUGAAGACGCACCAUCACGUUCACACGGGAGAGAAACCGUAUCAUUGUUCACAUUGUGGACUGAGCUUCACUUAUUCCAGCGUCUUUAAGACACACAAGUGUGUUACGGCAUAGGCGUCGCACGUAAAUCUGUCAAGUCAAGAAGUGUAACUAUUACUGUAUUUCACAAGUUUUGCCUUUCAUAUCACACUUGUGUUGAGCCUCAAUGCAUGUUGAUGAGGUAAGAUACAGCAAAGCCCAGUUUAAUGGUCUGAUGUGGAAAAAAAAGAGGGUUACUAUGUAAACGAAUACACAUCAUGUCCAAAAUUGGGUGCACUCUUGCCAUCAAUCUCCAGGGGUUUAGUUAAUUUUCUUCAAGCAAUGAGUACAGUACCCUCUUCCUUGCUUGGAGAUGAGUACAGUACUCUUUUGCUCAUAGUAUUGUUCAGUAUUGUUCUCUUCUUCAUGAGAGAGAGUGUACUGGACUCCCUAACAGGUGGAGGACCUGAGUACCAGUAUUGUGUGAGUUAAUCCUUUUGCCCUUAAUCUCUAGGGUUCACUGAAAACUAAUCUUGGUGCAGAGUUGUAAAUCCUGCCUAGCACUUCUUAGCUCACGUUGGCACUUCAUCCUGCCUGCAUGUCCCGUCCUUAGAUAGUAGAGCAUCUUCUCAUAUCGAGAACUUCUUUCUUUUGGUGCACCACAAUGGUCAAAAACAUUGAACCUAAACUAGCAACCACAGUAAACACACUGUCCCACUGCACUAUAAUAGUAUGGUUGCAAUGUAAGCGAUCUUUCCUGCCCCUUUUUUGGACGCAAAAACAUUCUUUAUGCCGUACUUGCGGAACCAUUUACAGUGUAGUCCCAAUGGACCUCGUUCAAGCCGAGCGAAUUCCUCCUCCCACUUAUCUUGGUAUGCUUCUAUUCCACGAGUUCGUGGUUUAGCCUCACUGUAAUCAACCUUGUCGAACAAAUUUGUUGUCAUAUUUUUUGUGGUGAAUCCUCGCCAUGAUGAUAGUGUAGUUAGUAGUAGCUGUCAUGUACACGUGCCUGCUGUCGUUCAUUUGCAUCUGGCCAUCUGAUUGGUUCUGUCUCGAACAAGAGCCAAUUAGCAUUGCUGUAACUGCCAGGUGUGAUUUUCGUCUUCGUAAAAAACUUUGACACGAUUUGGGUCUUUCCGUCGCUUCCUGAUUUCUAAAUAAAUGAUGCACUGGAAAUCUGUACACAGACGUACAGGAACAAAUCGGUUUUAAAAGCGUCCUCUAAAAACGUUGGGCACAAGGCGUACAUGAAGAACCAUGAAAAAUAUAGAAACUUGUGGUACUCUUUCUAUAGUACAAAAUCACUUUGUAUAUUAAGUUCUGCAUAAGGUUUUAUGCUUCGUAUUUGAACAAAAUUUCACAAUUAUGCAUGUUAUCUAAACCCCUGGACUCACAAGUGCUAUGUUGAACAUCCUGAUUCCCCAUUAAUUUCCUGUAACUUAACUCCUAUAAUACUCCACUAGAUGUUCUUCCACUUCCUUUAUUGAGCUGUGUGCUUUGUGCACAGGGGCAUUGUCAUGCUGGAACAGUGUUUGCUUGCAGUGAAGACAACUUGUAAUAUUUACAAUGCAAACAAAGACCUUUUGAAUUUAAUAGUGAGCUGUGAACAUACUGAAGAUGCUUUAUUAUACCGCAGGUGGCGAUUUUUGUAUAUUCUUGAAAACCUUUUCCAGGCGUGUGCGCAUAAUAUGACCGCACAUGCCUUUGGGGUUUAUUUGUGGGUAGAAUGUAAUUCCAAAACGACGUCAUUGGGGAAGAAGCAGCUCUGAUAAUAGUGCACCACAGUAGUGCAUUUUUUCACCUUAGCCUCAGACGUCACGCCCACAAACCUUCGACUGAACCGAAUGUCACACGAAUACGUCGUCGGAUUUUUGGAUUUCCGAGAGACGGACUGCCUUGAAACAAACUUCCCUCGACUUCUCUCAUGGAAGAAGAAAGCCGUCUUGUACAGAACUGACAGUGAACACUUAUGAGGAUCAGAUAAACACUGGCUUCUCCAAAUGAUGUGAAGUCAAAGACUCAUUACUUUGCACGACUUUCUCAAACGAACGAUCUACGGUUGCAUGCCGGUCUGUUGGUCUGUUUUUAAAGAGACUUUACAUUUUUACACCUUUUAAACAUGACACUGAACAAAACAAACUGUGAUUGGUUACUUUAUAUCAGUCAGAAGCCUUUGGCCUGAAGGUCUAUUUUCACCCCAACGCUGUUAAAGCAGCUUUACCUGCAAAUACUGGCCCCUUAUAUAAGAAACCAAAUGGAGCUCAAACCAACUGGUUUAAUAUUAUUGUGAACGUGUGCCCGUUCGCCUCACACCUCCAGGGUUGGGGGUUUGAUUCCCGCCUCCACCUUGUGUGGAGUUUGCAUGUUCUCCCCGUGCCUCGGGGGUUUCCUCCGGGUACUCCAGUUUCCUCCCCCGGUCCAAAGACAUGCAUGGUAGGUUGAUUGGCAUCUCUGGAAAAUUGUCCGUAGUGUGUGAUUGCAUGAGUGAAUGAGAGUGUGUGUGUGUGCCCUGCGAUGGGUUGGCACUCCGUCCAGGGUGUAUCCUGCCUUGAUGCCCGAUGACGCCUGAGAUAGGCACAGGCUUCCCGUGACCCGAGGUAGUUCGGAUAAGCGGUAGAAGAUGAAGAUGAACGUGUGCCGGUGGAGAGCCGAAUUUUGAGUCUCACAGAUACGUUAAAUGAGAGCAACAAUGAAAGAGGAGUAAAAAAAAACAACCAAAAAAUUAUUUUGUCUGAUGACAAACAACUGUGAUUUUUGCUACAGUUUAGAUAGACAGAGAGCUUUUGAAAACAAAAUCCUUCACAACUGGAAGUGAUUACAUUGAAGAAAUUGCCACAGGGAGUCAUUUCCCAUAGCCCUAACUCCCCAAAGAUCUAGUAGAGUAACAAGAUAUUACAUUUUAAUUUCCAUUAUUAAAAGUAAGUAAAGUAAACGGUCUCUGGUUAAAUGGUAUUUGUUGCAGCAGUCUUUAUGUAUGAGCCACAUUUAAGCUGAUUGUUCGAUUAAUCGCUGAUUAAUUUACUUGAAUCUUCGACUACUAAAAUAUUUUUUUGUAACCUUUAAUUUAAAAUGUUUACGUUUUUAGCGUUUUAUUUUUUUAAUCGCUUGUCUAAGGGAAAUAAUAAUGUAAGAUUUCAUUAACAUCUGUUGAACCUAAACUGGCUUCAUUCUUGAUAUUUUGUGGAUCAGAGACAGAUUAAAGUGUCUGAAAAAUGAUUUAACAUUUAUUUAUUUUUUAUUUAUUGUAAUUAAUGUUAUUUUAAUUUGAAGGUUGAACAUGUAGGAACUCUGGACUCUGUGUUUGAGGUUGUAAAGAUCUGUAAUCCCAGGUACAGGUUUAAGGAUUGACCUCACACAGUAUCGUGUUGUACAUGGUAUUGUUUGUAUUGUGAGCGCUGAGGAGCAGUGUGUCUGCGGUCAUGUCUGCAGAGUAAUAAAGAAAAAAGAACAUUUCUUCAA